AUGAAUGGCGAUGAGAUACUAAGACAAGAAAGUCAAAGUAGCUUUGAUAAAAGUAAUAGCAAUAAUAAUAAUAAUAAUAAUAAUAAUAAUAACAAUAAUAAUAAUACAAAUAAUAUCAACAAAAAUGAUAUACCUUUUGGAUGGCUGUCAAAUGUAACACAAUUUUCAGAUAUUGUUCAUGAAAUCCCAUUACCAAUUUUCAGAGCAGAUUCAUCAUUAAAUUUAGUAGAUGCUAAUAGUUUUACAAAUACAGUGACACUACUACAUGCACAUAGACAACAACAACAGCAAAAGCAACAGCAACAACAACAACCAAUAUCACCAAUAAAAGAUUUUAAUAAUGGCAAUAUACCAACAAUACCAUUAGAAAAUCCACAAAAACUUUUAUCUACAAUAAGUUUAAUCAUUCAAAAUACAGAUGUUUCAAAUAUACAAAUGCGAGCUGAUGUACCAAAAUUACAAACUGAACCAUCAACAUUAUUAAAAGCAAUCUAUAAUCAAGUACCAAUACUAAAAGAUAAAGAUAGAAGAGUUUUAUCACCAAUAAAAAUCCAUACAAAUAAUAGCAACAAUACUGCAGUUGAUAAUAAAUAUGUUUAUUUAAAAAAUAUUAAUGCAACAGAUAUUAGUAAUAAAGAAAAUUCUUCAAUUAAUUUUAAAACAAUAAAUGAACAACAAUCAUCUCAACAACAACAACAACAACAACAACAACAACAACAACAACAACAACAACAACAACAACAAAAACAACAACAACAAAAUCUUAAUAAUAACCAACAACAAGAACAAGAAAAACAUCAAAAUAAUAAUAAUAAUAAUAAUAAUAAUAAUAAUAAUAAUAAUAAUAAUAAUAAUAAUAAUAAUAAUAAUAAUGAAGAACAAAAACAAAAAUUAAAGAAAAAAAAAGUAAAAGUAACAAAUACAUCAAAUGAACAACAACAAAAUCAACCAGAGGAAAAACCAAUUCAAACAUUAUUUAACUCACUUAUUGAAUUUUUUGAUAUGGCUAAAGAGGAAAGAGAUUCCAGUGUUUUGAAUGUAACAUUCCUUGAGAAUAUUGGUAAGGAGAUUCAAACUUGUUCAAAAUUAGGUUUAUUAAAAGAUAUAUCAAUGGAAAAGUAUGCUCAAUUAAUUCAAAUCUUAAUUCGUUUAACAAAGGAGCCAAGUGAUGUCUCAUUAUCUUAUAAUGAAAAAGAUCAAAAUUUUCAUUUUCAAUUUGAUAGAGUAGAAUUUGCUUUAGAAUGUUGUUUAUUAGCUUUUAAUUUAUUAACAAUGCCUGGUAUUAGUGAUCAAUUAUCUUUAUUAUUAGAAGAUCAAUUAAUUGAAAUUUUAUCAACUUUAAAAUAUCAAGUAUUUGAAAAUAUAAUUGGUCAUUUAGAUCCUUCAUUUAAAAAUUAUGUUGCACCAGUUGUUGAACAAACAACAACAUCAUCAAAAAAAGAAAAGAAAUCAAAAAAGAAAUUAAAUAAUGAAGAUAGUGAAAAUGGUGAAAGUGGUGAUAAUGAUGAAGAAGAUGAAGAAGAAGAGGAGGAAGAAGAAGAAGAGGAAGAAGAAGAAGAGGAAGAAGAAGAGGAAGAAGAAGAUGAAUUUUCUGAAGGUGAUUCAGAAAAUCCAUAUGAUAAAAAAUCAAAAAAGAAAUCAAAAACAAAUUUAAAUAAAAAAUCAACAACGACUAUAAUUAAAAAUAAAAAAAAGAAUGGUAUUGUUCUUAAUAAUAAAAUGAAUAAGUUUACAAAAUUAUCAAAUAAAGUAUCAGAAAUCUUUGAAAACAUUGCAAUAAUGAUUGAAAAAAUUCAAAUUCCAUUAUCAGAAACAUUUAUAUCAUUAUUAUUAGAUUUAUGUAUACCAACUUUAUUCAUUGAUGGUAUUAGUUUCAUACAAUUAAGUUCAAUUAAUGUAGUUAGAAAUUCAUUUAUUAAAUAUCCAAGUCAAAGACAAUCAAUCAUUGAAGAGAUCUUACCAAACCUAUCUAAACCAUUACUAAAUUCAACAAAUAAUAAAAAGAUUCAACGUCUUUAUAAAAUUGGUGGUGGUGGCGGUGGUGGUAAAGAUAAAUCAUCAAUUCAAAUUCUAUCAGCAUUGUUGAUUCAAAUGAUUCAGGGUUCAAUUUUCAAACCAAAUCUAACCGAAUUGGAAAAUUAUCAAUUCUAUCAACAACCACAAAAUCAACAACAAUCAAAGUUUUGUCUUAAAGAUGCUCAAAAGUAUUCAACAACAAUCAUUUUAUUCUUUAUUGAAAAAUGUUCUGAAAAAACUGAAGAAGGUGAAUAUCGUAUACUAUUGGAGAAUUUCAUUCAAGAUCUAUUAAUUGUUUUUGAUCAUCCAGAAUGGCCAGCUUCAAAUUUAAUCUUACAUUUAUUUAGUGCCACAGUUAUGCAUAUAGUUUCUCAACAAAAAGUUGAUAGUAAUUUUAGAUUGGUUUCAAUUGAUUUAUUAGGUUCAAUUUUAACAAAAUUAAAACAAGAAUUAGUUUUUUCAAAAGAUGAUACUUCUUUAAGUAUUGUUAGUAGUAAUGGAUUGAAUAAUAGUAACAAUAGUAAUACUUCAUCACAACAAUCAAAUGCAUCAUCAACUUCAUCAACAACUACAACAUCAUCAACAUCAUCAACAUCAUCAACGACAACAACAACAACGAAUGGAGGUACAAAAUCAAAUAAAAAGAAUAAUAAAUUAGUUAAAUGUAAUUGUGGUAAAUAUGAAUCAGAUUCUUUUACAAUUAAAUGUAAUGAAUGUGAACAAUUAUUUCAUGAUGGUUGUGCACCUGAUUUCACAAAGAAUGGUGAUAUUAAUCAACAACAGUCAUGGGUUUGUGUUUCUUGUCAAGUUAAAGAACAGGUUGUUCACUAUUCAACUACUUCAAAAAUAACACCAACUAUAUUAGAGGAUAAAUUAAAGAAUCAAUCAAAAAAACAUAAAAAAUCAAAAAGAGAUAAAUCUGAGGGUGGUUUUUCAGAAGAAGAGUUACCAUUAACAAUGGAAUCAUUGGUUAUUAGCGAGAAAGAAAUUUAUCAACAAUUGAUUUUAAAUUAUUUAGAAUCAAAAUGUAGUACUGAAAGUUGGAUAAAUACAUCAAAACAAUUUUUAAUUGCAUCUUGGUUAGAUUCAACAGUUUCAGGUCCAACCACUAAAGAAAAUUUACCAAUAAGAAAAUACUUUUUAUCUCAAUGGGGUUUUGAAGUUAAUGAAGAUGAUCAACAACAACAACAACACCAAAGAGAUCAUUCCAAUGAAAAUGAUGAAAUUUCAGAAAAAUUAUUAAUACAACAGCAGCAACAACAACAACAACAACAACAACAACAACAACAACAAAUUAAAAAUCAAAUUAAUAAAUCAUUUAUUUGUAAUCAAGAAGAUGCAAUGAAAAUGAUUCGAAAAAUUAAUAUUGCAAGUGGAUCAGUAUUUCAAGUUGCAAAUAAUUUAUUAUAUCAUUUGUUAUCAAUUUUAUUUGAUCCAUCAACUAAAGCACGUGCAAAAGCAAUGAAAUCAUUUACAACGAUUGUUGAAGCUGAUCCAUCAAUUUUAGCUGAUGAAAAAGUUCAUUCAGCAAUUAAAAAUAGGUUUUUGGAUGAAUCGAUUUUAGUUCGUGAACAUACAGUGGAUUUAAUUGGUAAAUAUGUUUUAAUUAAACCAGAGUUAACUUGGAGAUACAUUGAUUUGAUUUGUGAUUUAAUUGGUGAUAAAGGUAUUAGUGUUAGAAAACGUGUAGUUAAAACGUUGAAUGAGAUUUGUUUGAAUCAUAUGCAACAUCCAAAAAUACCUUAUUUAUGUCGUGUCCUUGUAACAAGAGUAUCUGACGAAGAGUCAAUUAAAGAUUUAGUCUUAAAAACUUUUCAAGAUCUUUGGUUUAGUGAAAGAUUUUAUAAUAUAGAAAAUCAACAAAUCAACUCAAAUGCAAAUGGUUGUACAAUUAAUCCAGAGAUUAUUAAAGUUAAACAAAUUAUUGAAGUUUCAAAACAAUUGGAUCAAGAUAGUUGGUUUAUAGAUUUGAUUCAAAAAAUGUUAAAUAAAUCUUCAACCAAUGCUACAGGUGGUGGAAAGAAAGAGUCAAAGAAAAAACUUGAAAAAGAACAUAAUGAAGUUGUUCAAAUGUCAAAUAAAAUCUGUUCGACUUUAAUUGAAAUGUUGGUUAAUUUAGAUGAGAAUAAAUCUAAAAACAUUCAAAGUUAUAUGGGUAUUUUUAAAACUCUUCAUAUAUUUUGUAAAGUUAAUCCAACAUUCUUGGUACCAUUUGCUUCCAUUUUACAUCCUUAUUUAAAGCCACCAAAUCCAAAUCAAAUGAUAUCAUCAGAGGAAUCAAAUCUUUUCAUCUAUAUCACUCAUAUACUCGAGAAAACUUUACCAUUGAUUGAAAAUAAUGAUAUUGAUUUCUUGAAUCAAGUAGAAUCAGAUUUAGUUGUAUUAAUUGAAAAACAAGGUGCUGAUAUAGUUCAAGCUAGUAUCAAAUGUUUAUGUACUAUUGUAGAAAAGUGUAGUUUUAGUUAUGACCUAUUGGAAACUCAAUUGGCAAAGGUUGUACAUGUACUUCAAGUUUGUCAAACAAAAACUAAAGGUGAAAUCAUUCGUUCUCUAUAUGUCACUGGUUUAUUUGUUCGUUAUUUUGAUUUUGAAAAACGUGGUUGUUCAUAUUCACCAUUAAGAAUUAAUAUCAAACCAGCAGAGGUUGUAAAUACUUUAAUACCACUCACUUCAAGAUUAUUCAAUUUCGCAAGAGAUAGUGAUGUAAUUUCAAAGGCUUUAGAAUCUCUUGGUAAUAUUAUCAUAUCAUCACCAAAGAUUCUAAAUAAGGAUAGUAUCAAAGAAAUAUUGGCAAAAUCAUUCGCUUCAACUCAAACUGAACCAAAAAUUAAAGAAACCAUUAUGAAAUUAUUCUAUGAUCUAUUAGAUAAAGAAAUGAAACAAUUUAGUAAACCCAAAAAGGAACAACAAGAUAAUGGUAAUGGUAAUGGUAAUGGUUGUGAUGAUGAUCAUGAAGAACAAGAAGAAGAUUCAACCAAAUUAAAUGCAGAAAAAGAAUUUAUUAUUUCAAUGCAAGUCGAUGAAGAUUCAGAAUCUUUAGUAUCAUCAGUUCAAAAGUAUUUCUCAUCAAUGAUUAAAUUCUUAUUAGAACCACAAGAAUCAGUUAGAUUGGCAACAAUAUCAACCAUUGAAUUGAUUAUAAGACAAGGUAUUCUAAAUCCACUUGAUAGUGUUCCAUAUAUUAUUGCAUUAAUAACUGAUCCAAAUCGUUUUAUUUCAGAAUUGGCUUUUAAAACUUUAAAUUCUUUAAAUCAAAAACAUACUUCAUCAUUAUUUAAAAGAGUUAAUGAAAGUAUAAAAUUAACUUAUAAAUUUCAUCAAGAUUUAAAUUCAAAAUCACCAUUUAAUAUUGUAACAAAAGGAAUGUCAAAAUUUUAUUUAUUAUUUAAAAAUUCAAAAUCAAAUAGAACAAUAUUUUUAUCAACAAUUUUAACAAAUUUUGAAUCAAUUAAAGAAUAUAGAUAUAAAGAAUUAUCAUACUUUAGAUUUGUUUUUGAAAUUUUAGCAACAUUACCUUAUGGUAAUAUGGAUGAAGUAAUUGUUGUUAUUAAUACAAUCGAUAAGAUAAUUUCAUUGAAUGCAAAUUUUGUUCAAUCUAAAAUGGUUAAUUGGUCAAAAGAGGAAAGUAGUAGUAAUAAUAAGAAAAAUUCAGCAACGAUGAUGAGCGAAAAUGAAGAAAAUGGUGCAACAACUAAAACCUAUGAUAGAGCAGUUUAUAAAAAUUUUAUAAUGGGAAUGGUUAUUUUAUAUAUGUUACAAUUAAAAAAGUUUAUAUUGAAAACUUAUUCAAUCACAAAAGAUAAAAUGAAAUCUUAUUUAGAUGGUGAAUCUAGAGACUCUGAUAAAUUGGGUACAACAUUCACUGAAUCUAUUACUUUUAAUGAUCAUAAUUAUCCAUUCUCUGCUUUACCAUCAGAAAUUAAUCUUCAAUCAAAUGUUUCCAUUCAAAAAUCAAUCUUUGUGGAAUUUAAACAAUUGUUAAAAGAUGAUGAUAUGGAUGAAUUUUCAAUUAAAGUUAAAUCAAAAUCAACAAAUGACGAAUCUGGUUCACAAACUUCAACAACAACUUCAAAAAAAAGAAAACCUGCUGCUCCAAAACCUGCAAAACCAAAAGCAAAACCUAAUGCAAAAUCAAAUUCAAGAAAGAAAAGUAAAACUUCAUCAAAUGAAGAGUAA